GCAGUUAGUCGCCCAUUGACAAUUGCUUCGAAUAGUCGCGCGAAUAUGAAACGAAUUAACUCCAAAGCUAAAUAAAACAAUUACAUAUAAAAACGAAUCAUUUGAAUCAUUCAAUCAUCGAAUUUCGAAUAGUGUAACUGAAAAUGGUGCAGAAUACGCGCAGCUCCGACUUAUCGCAGAUUGCCGUCAAUGCCAACAAUAUACCCGAUGACAGCGUUGAUUGCGGCAUCAAGGGUCUGGGCUGGUGUCGCGGCCCCGCCUGCCAGAAAUACGCCCGCCUGCGCACCUUCACCAUUGUCCUGCUCUGCUCGGGGCUGCUGCAAGGCGCCUGCGAGCUCUACUUCCGUGUCUCGGCCAAGCAGGCGGCCUUCCAGUACGGCUACAAUCCUCUGUUAGUCGAUUGGCUUCUGGUCAGCAGUGGGCUAUUCCAGGCGGUGUUUGCCUUGGCCUUUGCCUACUGGGCGGACGUCUACCAUCCGAUCAAGUGGCUGGUGGGCACGCUGAUGCUGCAGUCGGUGGCCUGUGUGAUUACAGUGAUACCCGCUAUAAUGAACUUUGCUAAUGGCGUCAAGUCGGAGGAUGCUCUGGUGGAUGCGAAUCUCUGCACCACCUCGCUGGCCCAGUUCCAGAGGCUGACGCUGACCGAGGUGCAGAGCAGCACCCUGACGCUGGCGAUGCUGUUCGUGCUGCAGCUGGCCUUGGGCAUGGGCUCGCUCGCUUUCUACACGGUGGGCGUCAGCUACAUCGACGACAACUCGCUCUCGCAGGACAGUCCGGCGGUGAUUGCGGUUGUGCUCGCUGCUCGACCCCUUGGCCAGCAGGUGGGCUCGUUCCUCGUGCUGGGCGUGGGCCUGACCCAUGUGGGCUGGUGGCUGGGCUGGAUUGUGCUCGCGCCGCUGAUCUUUGUGGGCGCCGUGCUGCUGGGGCUCUUUCCCAAGCGCCUGCCCAAGACGGUGAUCCAUCAGGCGGCACAGCGCAUCAUUGAGCAGUCGAACAUGAGGAGCUUUGGCAGCCAGUUCUCGACCUACCUCGACGACUCGGACUUCUGGCCAUCGCUGAAGCGCUUGUUCAACAAUCGCCUGCUCAUGUUCAACCUGUUGAGCAUCAUGUUCCUGCAGAGCGGCGUCCUCAACUAUGGCCUGCAGGAGGAGAGCUAUCUGCAGAGCCGCUUCUUUCUGCCCUUCAACGAGCAGGACGGGCUCACGCAGGAGUGGCGGGCGGCCUUCGUCUCGUACUUCCUGCGGCCGCCCGUUAUGGCUGUGGGCAUGCUCAUCGCCGGCCUGAUCAUAUCGAAGGCGAAACUCUCGGCGCGCACCAUCACGGGCAUCAACAUCUCCCUGGCGAUCCAUCUGGUCGUCAUCUAUGUGGCCUACGUCUUCAUCAGCUGCGACGUGGGGGCCAUUGCGGGCGUCGUGGGGGGCAAGCUCACGCAGCCGUAUUGCGCCAGCCAGUGCCUCUGCACGCCCACCGCCUUCAUGCCCGUCUGCCCGGAGAACAGCAGCAUCACCUACUUCUCGCCCUGCUAUGCGGGCUGCACCAAGCGCAGCACCAUCAACAGCUUCGAGCUCUACGAGGGCUGCUCCUGCCUCGGCGAUCAGUCGCUCAACUCGGGCGGCACUUCGCGUGCCACGCCCGGCGCCUGCAGCGCCAACAGCUGCGAGAAGACCAUCAUAAUCUUCCAGAUAUUGAGCAUAUCCGCUGCCUUCCUGCUGGGCAUGUCUAUCAUUGGCAAGACUCUGAUCACACUGCGAGCUGUUCUGCCACAGGACAAGGCCUUGGCCUUGGCCUUUGAGGUGAUGCUUGUGGGACUCUUCGCCUAUGUGCCCGUGCAUCUCAGCUACGAUCUGGUCACACGCACCACCUGUGUCUAUUGGGCGCCCAACUACGAGCGCUGUCUCCUGCGCGAGACGCCUAAGCACGGCAAUAUUCUGGACAUACUGACCGCUUCCUUGAUACUGGCCAGCGUGCUCUUCGACAUUCUGGUUUACAUCUUUGCGAAGGGCCUCAAUCUCUACAACUGCAAGGUGACGGACAACAACUACACGCCCUCGCUAUAUGCGCCCGUGCCGCACGAGGAUUCGGCUGCGGCCCGUGGAGGCAGUCCGACGAUGACGACGACAACUGUGGCCUCUGGCUCGCCCAUGCAACGUCGCGAUGCUCCGCAGGAGGCAGUUGUCGAGCCACGUCGAAUGGAAGCCAGUGUCUACAGGCAACCCAGCUCGUUGACCGAUUCAUCAGGCACCCAAAGCAUUGUAGAGCCAAAUGGUACAGGAGUGACCUAUGCCCAGGUCAUCUUUCCGCCGGACAAACGCAAGCGAGAUGAUGGCAACACGAGUCCCAAGCGUCUGGCUGUGCCUGCGAAUGUGCCACUACAUCAUCUCUCCGAAGCGGAUGUUCGCGCACAGCUGGGCACACUCAAGUCCUUCAAUGCAGCCCAGCCAGCCGUUCAAAAUACGGAUGUGAUUGAAGAGCAACCUUUGCCUGGCUACCAAGAAGCGGUUACUCCGGCUGCCAGGCCCCAGAGCCCAGAGACAGACUUCUAAACGGGACGAUCAAAUAUUUUCCCUUUUUGAUUUCUAGCAAAUAGUAUUUUAUAUGUAUACUCUUCAUGAGUUACUCGCGCUUUUAUUUUGUUUUACCAUUUACAUUUAAUUAU